UGUCGAUCGCGCCGUAGGUCUCUCUGGCUGUCCAGGCGAACCGAGCGGACCGAGAGGACCGGCGAGCUCAGCGAAUCGAGAGGGGAGCAUCCAGUCGACACCAGAGUGACGCGUUCAGACGCGCAAGGAUACAGCUGUACGGAAGAGGAGAAGAGAGAAGAGCGCCUCCUCCGCCGCCGACUCAGGACUGUCUGGCUGCGUGGUGGGCCAACCAGGCCGGGCCGUGCCGUCUGUCUGGCCCUUCGACACGCGCUGCCUCGACAGGCUGGCCGUCCAGCCACCGCAUCGUUUUCAACCACGACUACUCUCCAACUGCCAGAGACUCGGAAUCUCAGCGUUCCAACCGCUCGCGCUCCACAGACACGAUCGGCCAUCGCUACUCCGACGGCUGCCGACCGGUGUGCAAGGUACAGGCACAGGUAAACGGGGAACACGGAUCAGGAACACCGACAACAACAGGAGGAGAAGGAGAAGCUUCGGGCACAAUGCGGCCUAGGGCUGCGGCAACUUCAACCAGCCCAGCCCGUGGGUUACAUCCGUUCCCGGUUGUCCUGCGAGUCACCUGCGUCCUUGCCCUACUGGUCGUCACGUGGAUACCGGUCACCGAGGCUGUGAUAUGCAGAGAUCCGUACAAAUGCGAUUGCAAGGGAAUAAAAGGUAUUCCUGGAUUUAUUGGGAUCACUGGACCACAGGGACCGGAAGGACUUCCGGGUGACAUCGGUCCGGAUGGUCCUCCCGGUCCAAAGGGUGAGAAGGGAGCUGGUGGAGAACUGGGUGGAACUGGAGAGAAAGGCUACAGGGGUGACCAAGGAAUUCAAGGUUUUCCUGGAUCUCCAGGACUGUCGGGUAACACUGGCCUAGCCGGUGUAAUGGGACCAGACGGUCUGGACGGAUGCAACGGGACCGAUGGACGUGCCGGUUCACCAGGAAUGCCCGGUAUCCAUGGUGAACGUGGCCCACCAGGGCCAAUCGGAGAUUAUGGACCCACUGGUGAACCAGGUGAUGGUGGUAUCAACUCCGUGGGCGUGAAGGGUAUUCGUGGAAAUCCAGGUGUUGACGGACCAAAGGGUUACCCAGGACCAUACGGGAUUCCCGGUGAAAUGGGUUAUCCAGGAGAAACCGGCGACAUGGGUUAUACUGGUGCCCCCGGAUUACCAGGCAUGCAAGGUGAACCCGGUGAAACAGUGUUCGGUGUGCAAGGUCAAUCAGGUGAACAAGGUGACAGGGGAGAAGCUGGGCCAUCGAGCGACGGUAAAUUCAGGAAAACGACGAAAUCCACACCGGUGAAAGGUGUUAGGGGUAACAAAGGGAUGCGAGGAGAUUACGGAGAUCGUGGCCGAAAGGGAGAGAUGGGUGCUAAGGGUCCUCUAGGUCGGCCAGGCUUUCCCGGCAUCAAAGGUAUGAAAGGAGAACAAGGUGACGACGGUCCGAGAGGUAAACAGGGUGCAGAGGGUCCGCCAGGACCCGCAGGAGAAAAAGGAGAUAAAGGGGCUCCAGGUUAUGCUGGUAAUCCUGGAGUCGACGGAACUGAUGGUGAAUCAGGAGAGCCAGGAAAUCCUGGACCACCGGGUAAACAAGGAGCUGCUGGAGAGCCUGGAAAAUAUAUACCAGAACUGGACGAAAUAAUUCAAGGAAAUAUUGGAAUUCAAGGGGACUUAGGACCACCUGGUAAACCAGGAGAACCAGGAACGCCUGGUUUACCUGGAAAAGUAGGUUACAUCGGGCCACCUGGUCCCCCGGGACCUUCAGGUCCUCCCGGCUCGCCAGGAUUAAAAGGAUCUUCCGUCAAAGGAGAGCCAGGAGACGAUGGUCUUCCCGGAGUAAUGGGUUCUCAUGGUCCUCCCGGUUUACCGGGUUUACCUGGACCUUUUGGACCAAAAGGAUAUCCUGGAAUAACGAUCAUUGGACCGCCAGGUAUUGACGGUAAACCUGGAUAUCCUGGAAUUUCUGGAUCACUUGGAGAUCGCGGUGAUCCUGGUCUACAAGGUCCAAAAGGUUUCCCCGGAAAAGGAAUCAGAAUUCGUGGUCCACCAGGCGAGCGUGGUUUACCAGGAACACCAGGUAUCCCUGGACGCGAUGGAAGGCCUGGUGAAUUUGGUGUCUUUGGCCCAAAAGGUAUCCGGGGUGACGAUUGCGGCAUUUGUUCACCAGGAUUACCUGGUCCAAAAGGUGAAAGCGGUGAUGCAGGACUGAACGGGUAUCCUGGAACACCGGGAUUUCCAGGAUUGCCAGGUCCCCGUGGAUUUAAAGGAACUCAAGGCAAACCGGGUAUUUCCGGUCCAGGAGGAUUAGAAGGCGACAGCGGAAGACCAGGUAUCGCUGGACCUCAGGGACCAAAAGGAGAGAAGGGAAAAUUAAUUCUACCAGAUGGUGUCUUGAUCGGAGAGCCUGGUGACUUCGGUGAUAAAGGAUUGCCGGGUAUCGAAGGAUCUGGAGGUCCACGAGGUGAACCUGGCUCUCGCGGUGACACAGGACCCCCAGGACCCAAAGGAGAGAAGGGUGACCAUGGUCCUCCAGGAUUUUCGGGGCGUAAUGGUUUUCCAGGUUCAGAUGGUAUUCCCGGUCCGAAAGGUGACGACGCUUUGACACCAAUCGAAUUUUUGCGUGGAGAACCAGGUCUUCCAGGUAGUCCUGGUCUUAAAGGUGCAGAAGGUGAUAAAGGUGCAAAAGGAGAACGUGGACAAUCCUCGCAAUACGCUAUUAAUCUGAAAGGAGACAGGGGAUACAAAGGAGAACGAGGUGCUCCAGGAGAGGACGGUGCUAAAGGAGCUCAAGGAUGGUCAGGUGACGAAGGAUUCCCUGGAUUACCUGGAAUUCCUGGAUCCCCUGGUAUAUCACCUCAAGGUCCUAUGGGUUUGAAAGGAUACCCCGGAAUGCCGGGAGAACAAGGUCCCCGUGGUCCAUCGGGUACACCGGGACCACAAGGACCUGUUGGUUUUUCGGGUCGCAUAGGCAACAAGGGUAACCGCGGUGACCCGGGUACGAAUCAAACGUACGGUAAUUACGGAUUAAUGGGUUUGGCUGGUGAAAAGGGAGACAUUGGUAGUCCUGGACCACAGGGUUUCCAAGGUAGAUCUGGAAUAGACGGACCGAAGGGUGUGAAAGGUGGCAAAGGUGCCCCUGGCUUAGAAGGUCAGCCAGGACUACAGGGUGCUAAAGGUCAACGAGGUGACAGUGUGCAAGGACCUCGAGGCUUCCCUGGAUUAGCUGGCCAACCUGGAAUGCCUGGAAGAAUGGGAGAAGCCGGCAUUCCAGGACCCGAUGGACCACCUGGAUUUGAUGGAAUGAAGGGUCUUAAAGGUGAAGUUGGAUUCAUAGGGCGUCGGGGUGACGAUGGUGACAUUGGUCCCAUGGGUUAUUUGGGAAGAGACGGAACGCCUGGUAUGCCAGGUCCUCCUGGCGAAGAGGGUGACGUUGGUGAAAUCGGUGAACCUGGUCCUCGGGGUUGGCCCGGGUUGGACGGAGUCGCGGGGCUACCAGGUUUUAAAGGGGAACAAGGAAAGAUCGGUGUGCAAGGUGUUCCGGGAGGUCUUGGACCACCUGGCUUUAAGGGUGCCUCCGGAGAUGCUGGCCCAGAUGGUUUGGACGGACUUCCAGGUGAAAAUUCGUUCAGCGGACCACAAGGUGAUAGAGGUGAACCCGGUUUCAUGGGAAAAAUCGGUGCGCCUGGAUUCCCUGGCGUUGAUGGACGACCUGGACUGCCUGGUGAACCUGGUCUGGCAACUGAUGGAUUCGAUGGCUUACCAGGAUUGAUAGGUGAACCUGGUUACGAUGGAUUCAAUGGAGUGCCUGGACCAAAAGGAGAAAGUGGUGAUAUGGGUCCUGAUGGUUUGAAAGGACCAAGAGGAGACUGGGGAUUCAAAGGAAGAGCAGGAACCCCUGGUAUCCAUGGUAGAUAUGGUGGAAAAGGUGAACGAGGUCCAAUGGGUCCGCCUGGUUUCAAUGGUCCUAAAGGUAGACGAGGAUUGGAUGGUGAUCCUGGUCAAAUGGGUCUACCAGGAAUGCCUGGAGAUCAAGGUCCUCGAGGAUUACCUGGUUUGAUGGGUACACCAGGACCAAAGGGACAGACAGGUGAUCAUGGUCUGCCAUCAUAUGCUGAAGCAGAGAAAGGUGAUUUUGGAAAUCCUGGUCUCGAAGGUCUACCUGGAGUAAAAGGACAACGGGGUGAUCAAGGCUACAUAGGAUUACCUGGUCGUAAGGGUGAAAAAGGUAAUGAGGGAUUCUAUGGACCAGAUGGAUUCCCAGGUGUGCCAGGAUUCCCAGGACUUCCUGGUGACCAAGGACCUCCUGGUUUUCCAGGAGCACCUGGUGAUUUUGCUGAACGAGGAGAAGCUGGACGACCUGGAUUGGAUGGAAUACCGGGUACUCCUGGAAUUCCAGGACAAAAAGGUGCUCCAGGACAAUAUGGACCCAAUGGCCCUAAAGGAAUUCGUGGAGAGAUUGGUCUAACCAUUCGUGGCCCCAAAGGAAUUCUGGGAGAUCAAGGUCCAAAAGGAUUCGCUGGUUUCCCUGGGGCUCCAGGAUUACAAGGAUUACCAAGUCCACCUGGACCACCAGGACCAAAGGGUUCUCAGGGAGAACCUGGACUUCCUGGAAUCUCUAUUAAAGGACAACAGGGUGAACCGGGACUGCCUGGAUUCAAUGGUGGAAUAGGAUCAAAGGGAGAAAGGGGCGACACGGGUCUUCCUGGAUUUGCAGGACUGCCUGGACAUAAAGGAGAACGCGGGGAUGAGGGCGAACCUGGUGUAUCUGGAAUGAUAGGUUCUCCAGGUCCAAAGGGACCAAAAGGAAAUCGAGGUAACAAUCCAUUCUCACCUUUCCCAAGGAAAGGACUACCUGGAGACACAGGACCUGAAGGAUUACCAGGUUUCCCUGGGCUGCAAGGAAUGAUGGGUGAACCAGGCCUAGAUGGACUGCCUGGAAGAGCAGGAGAACCUGGAAUGAUUGGGGCACUAGGACUUCCAGGACCAGAGGGCAAAGAAGGUCCUGCUGGUUAUUCUGGUCCUCGUGGUGCCGUUGGACGUCAAGGACCCCCGGGAUACCCUGGAAUCCCAGGAGCUCCAGCACCUCCAGCACCAGGACCACGAAACAGAGGUUUCCAUUUUGCUCGACAUUCACAAUCCGAAAUGAUACCACUCUGUCCAUCAAACACCGUGAAACUAUGGGAUGGUUUCUCUUUGUUGCACAUAAUGGGCAAUGGAAAACCAUACGCGCAAGAUCUUGGUGCGCCCGGAAGUUGCGUGAGGAAGUUCUCCACCAUGCCUUUCAUGUUCUGUAACAUCAACAACGUAUGCGAUUACGCGAAUCGUGAUGAUUACAGUUACUGGUUAAGUACAACUGAACCUAUGCCUAUGUCUAUGACGCCGAUACCGGCACCGGAAAUCGGCAGAUACAUUUCCAGAUGUUCUGUUUGCGAGGCACCGACUCGCGCAAUCGCGGUCCACAGUCAAACCAUGUCGAUACCACAGUGCCCGGGUGGUUGGGAGGAACUCUGGAUCGGAUAUAGUUUCCUCAUGCACAGAGACGCAGGUGCAGGUGGUGGAGGUCAAUCAUUGAUCUCCCCCGGAUCAUGUCUCGAAGAAUUCCGUGCUAGACCGUUCAUAGAGUGUCGAAGUCUUGGCACCUGCAACUACUUUUCCACUGCCACAUCCUACUGGCUGGCCACCAUCAAGGACCACGAAAUGUUCCGUAAGCCUCUGCCGCAGACCUUGAAGAACGACCAUACGUCACGAGUCAGUCGCUGUGCAGUCUGUAUUCGUCGUCGCGUCAACGAGGACGGUAGUCAGUUGAAACCAUUCACGUCGAACGGACAGAAGGAGACACUAGACAACAUCCGGUAUGCACCUCAGCCACGCUAUCCUGAUUAUCAAUACCCGAGGCAGGGUUCUCCAGGAAGAACAAGAAAUCCGCACAGACGCAUACCGUACCAUUACCGAAAGAAAGGACGGUCCCGUAGACCGGACCGAACUACGGAGGUUCCAGAAGCUGCCUAAAAGUCAUCGACGUGUCAUGAAGUGACGUGCAGGGUAGCAGAGCGAACCCGUGUGUGUACAUAACAAGAUUUUCGAACCUGUUAGUUAAGUUAUCGCGUCAUUGUGUGGCGUAGCCGAGAGGAACGAUGAAUAAUAAACGCCAUAAGCGUGUAGCCACCUAUUCGUGGCUGAUGCCAAAAAUUCACCGGGGACGCAAGUCCCGUUGAAACUGCCAAUCGACAUCCGCUUCGGGGCCCGAAGAACCCCGUCGUAACGAUGAAUUUAAAUUAACAAUACAUGUAUGAUGUAUGGCUAUUGUAAUAACUUGUUUAUGUAUGUAUCUGCAUUGAGUAUAAAAUAAAAAGUCUUUUGUAGAAGCUA